AUGGAACCGGCAUGCAAGGGCAAUUUUAACGUAAACAAUAUAUAUUUCAAAAACAACGAAUUGGUGUCUUUAACAAACUCGGGCCGUCUUCCGAAUGUUGCUUCAUGCGAAAAAGACAAAUUCAAUCGGCAGCCGAUUGCUCCUGUCUUUAACAUUAAUCGUGCACCUUCAUCCAUUCGAGCACAUGUCGAGAUGUCGAUGGCAGCACUGACAGUAUGUAGUGCGAUGAUCANCUUAUCAAGUGCACCUUCAUCCAUUCGAGCACAUGUCGAGAUGUCGAUGGCAGCACUGACAGUAUGUAGUGCGAUGAUCAGAAAAACAGUUGUAGCCUUAUGA